AUGUCAAUUGUUUCGAAAGGAUUGCUAAUAAUAGCCAUCUUUCAACUAUUGCAUUCAGGAUUUUCGAGUUAUGAAUUCCAUCAGAUUCUAAAGAAUAUAUCAUCUACAAAUGAUCAUAUGAACAAUGCAGCUAUAGAAUCAUUAAGUUUGCCUAAAGAUAUUGUAUACGAAGCUAUAUCGGCAUCAAUUCUAUUUGCCCUUUCCAUGUUCUUCUCCUUGGAGAAACCUGAAUAUCUGCCAAUACGUAACAUUGAUGGUAGUGAAAAAAAAUUAAAACCAUUGAAAGGAGACUAUUUGAAGGAAAUUGCAUUAAAUAAAUCAACUAAUACUGAUAAUUUAAUUGGAGCAAUCACUACGGGGGAAAUAUCAUACACACCAAGUUUUAUAAAUAUUCAUGAAAAGAGAAGAAUUGUGAAACAAUGGAUAUUAGAAAAUGAAAAUGAAGUCAGUGAAACCAAGAAGGAAAAAUAG